ACUUGAAGGCAGCUUGAGAAAAAUGAAAGCCAACGCCCCACUGACAGCUCCCCUCAGUACUCAGUCCCCUCCUUCGGUCAGAAAGUAGCUGAGUUUCUGCUGCUGUGGUCGUGACUGAGCUCCAACAGGUUAUAUUUCACCGAGACUUUUCACCGGAGACGUUGAUUCAUCUUCCUGAGGGGAAAAAACAACAACUUCUAGCUAGCUUGAGCGGGAGCGGCGGACAACACUGGGACUGCUUUCGAGAAGUUUGUUUAUCCAAACGCUGUCCGUCUGUUGCUGGCGAUAAGGCUCAAAUACAACAUACUGUCGGUAUAAUAAGUUAUUUAUUAAAGAAUGGCUGAUACAACCGAGUCCAGCCCCGCAGCUAACUGCCUGGAGAAGUUGAAAAGUUACGUGAGGACCCAGAAAGGGUUUAUCCUCGCAGCUGAAAUACUCAUCAGUUUCAUUAUCAUCAUCUGCUACGCCGCAUCUCUGUAUGGAGGCUACUCUGCUGUGGCCAUCUGCGAGAUGGUCUUCGCCAUGGUCUUCUUCGGCAUCUUCAUGAUGGAGAUGGACAAGCAGAUCCAAGUGGUCAACUGGGUCUGGAGCGAUCUUUUCCGUGCAGGUAUCGGCGCUAUCCUUUACAUCAUCACUUCUCUGAUUUGUGUGAUUGGAGGAGCCGGGGAUGGCGCUCGUAUCGCAGGCGGGGUAUUUGGUUUGAUUGCUGGUCUGCUGUUUUCCUAUGACACCUACACCAUCUUCCUGCAAAUCAAGAGCUCCAGGCAGCACACGGCAGCUUCCACCGAUGACAGAGUUUAAACACUCCAAGUCACAUUAACCUCUGUCAAGAUCGCAGCAGAAGAACAAAGAGGAAUUUGUGCAGAAGUUAACGGACGAGUGGAUCAGAGAGGGGACGAUGGACAGUAAAAAUGAACAGGUCACGGUUUAAUCAAUGCCACUGUAUGGUGUGAACAGACGAGAGGAGGAUGACGUAGCCAGAGUGAGUGGUACUGUACUGUACAUCUGUGCCUGCAUGCCUCAGACAAAAACAUGUCUACUACAUGAGGAAUUUGCCUCACAAAGCUUUACUCCAACCUCAGUGUGCCACUGAUUUAAAAAGGGAAAACUGUAAAUAAUAGGCAAUGGUUGGUGUCAUCAAGCAGCUUGUCUAAUACACAUGUCUACUGUUAAUGGACUGCUGUAGUAAGUAGUAACUGUGUUUGGGCUUUAGAAGUAACUGACAAGAAGGAGUGCUUUAGGAAUUGUUUAACAUAAUAAUAAUGCUCUUCUUGAAUGUGUUUUCUGUAUAUUAAGUGAGGUUUUCUCAGUUAUUUAAACAACUACAAGGAGCUUUUAUUUUGCAUUGAUUUUGGCGGCCCCUGUGGAUAAAAGCAGUAGUGUUUCCCGGAAUGAAGACUACAUUUCCCAUGAGCACCACAGCCUCCUGCGAGUUAAAGAAAGACGCAACCUAUUUGUAAUACUAUUUUUCUUUUUUAAACACAGCUGUUUGCAGGAUGCACAGCGAUGCGAUAAUGUAUCUAUUUGUGCCUAUGUAAGAUUAAUAACUGUGAUAUGAUGAUGGUAAAACAAAGUAAACUUUGUUUUAGUACCGUUCAUACACCUAGGUUACAUGUAAGCCUACAACUAACAGAUUCGGUUGCUCAAUAAUAGUAAUUUUGUUGAGAAAGCUAAAGUUAUCAACAGUCCCUAGUAAUGUUAUGUCUUCAUAAUAAUAAGCCAACAGCAAGAUAUAGCUCGGCAGCAAGGCCAACAUAUAAUGUUAAGUUAUAAGCCAGUUGUUUUACAGUAAUGUCCACCAUGACCUACACCUCCAUGGACUGUACACAGCCAGAUAUAAUAGACAUAUUACAUACCUGUCUAGGAGGAAGAGGACCAAUUCAGGAUCAGUUUUGAAUCCUUUCAAAUCCCGCAACUCUCUCCAUCUGUUGAAUGACCGACCAGGGUUGACUCGUGUUUUCGCCCGUGCUCUAUCACUGUAGCUUGCUUUUGUUCUUCGGCCCAUUUUUUUCUUUUUCUCUGUGCUGAUCCUGCACCAGUAUCAGCCAUAAGCACAAAAUAUAACGUCAAAAAUGAAAUUCUCUAAAGAGAAAUCUCGUCCUGCUCCCUUUUAACUGGCUAACGUACUACUCACUGAUGGUCUCGUUUGCUUAUGUAGGUCAUAUAGAGGCAUCAGUAAACUGUUUCAUAACCAGUUAAAAACUCCUUGUAGCUGCUUUAAUCACUGUGUGUUACAGUACCUUAAAGUCUCAUUCAAAUUAACCAGUUCCUUCAUCUUAUUCAUCUUUUAUUCCUGAAUCAUAAACAUUUGAAGUGGCCUGCUGUCAUUGACUAGCAAUCUUUUGGCUGUUCUUGUACUAGUCAUAGUUUAGUCUGCAUUGUUAGACGUCCAUUAACCAUCAACCACAUGUUCAUUAAUUGAAUUACAGUAUCAUCCUCCAGUUUCACCUAUCUACUUUGCUCAGGUUUUUUUUUCCUUUAUAUGUUUGUCACAAUUAUCUAAUGUGCAGAAUAUUUUUCUGUUGCCAUUUUAUACAGUCCAGUAGUAUCAUACAGUUUAGGGGUUUUUUUUGUUCAUGUUUUUUUUUUUGAGUACAUGUUCUCUUUUGAUGAGGCAGACGAAGACAAAUUCAUUUCUAAAGAAAAAUCAUAGUUGGAAUUUUCUGAUGUGCAUAUCACAACUUUAAUAUGCUCUACCCUGUGGUGGUUAUUUGUCCAAGAAAAACAUUGCCUUAUUAUUAUUUUUUUUCUAACAAGCUUUCAAGAGUCUGCAGUUUGUAAUUUCAAAAUUCAAAGCAGCCUUGCUAUGGGAAAUAAAAGCCAUUGUUACUCCAAA